AUGGCCUCCAGAGCCGCAGCAGGCGCCCGUCCCGGGGCCAGAUUCGCUCAGUUCAAGCUUGUAUUGCUGGGAGAGUCUGCGGUCGGAAAGAGUUCGCUAGUUUUGAGAUUUGUCAAGGAUCAAUUCGAUGACUACCGCGAGUCGACCAUUGGCGCUGCAUUCCUCACACAAACCAUCUCUUUGGACGAAAGCACGACGGUCAAGUUUGAGAUAUGGGACACGGCUGGUCAGGAGAGAUACAAGUCUCUGGCCCCCAUGUACUACAGGAACGCCAACUGCGCGGUUGUUGUCUACGACAUCACUCAAGCUUCGUCGCUGGAUAAGGCCAAGUCAUGGGUGAAAGAGCUGCAGCGUCAAGCAAAUGAGAACAUCGUCAUUGCCCUUGCGGGAAACAAGCUUGAUCUGGUGACGGAGAACCCAGACAAGAGAGCCAUUCCCAUGGCUGAUGCCGAGGCCUAUGCACGUGAGGCCGGACUACUCUUCUUCGAAACUUCUGCAAAGACGUCCUCAAACGUGAAGGAAUUGUUCACAGCAAUCGCAAAGAAGCUUCCCCUGGAUCAAGCAGGACCACGAAACUUGCGGACAACUCCCCGUCCGGGUGUUGACCUGCGGCCAGAAGCACCCGGCACCCAAGGUGCUGGCUCUUGCAAUUGCUAG